AUGAGCAACUCAAUGCGAGAUUUCGUCGAUGGCGAGGCCGAGAUCGACGAUGAGGAUGAGGAGUCCAUAGACGAAGACGUGGUUUCUUCGCGCAGAAGGAAUGCGGCUCCGGAGGAUUCUUCUGAAGAGGAAGAGGACGACGAAGACGAGGAGGAGGCGCGUAAAAUUCGCGAAGGAUUCAUCGUCGAUGAGGACGAAGAAGAGGAAGAAGGCGAGGACGAGGAUGCCCACGAGCGAAAGCGAAAACGAGAGCACCGCGACAGAGAAGAGGAAGAGCAGCUAGAUGAGGAUGAUUUGGAGCUAAUCGGAGAACAAAUCGAACGCCGUGCGCCCACACAGCCUAAGUUCAAGCGUCUCAAACGGGGCCAUCGCGACGAAGAUGACCGUGGCCCGGAGCGACGCGGCUUGGAGGACAUGUUUUCCGAUGACGAUGAAGAAGCCAACGAGUCUCGACCCUACAACCGCUCCAACUACCGAUCCCAAGCCGAUGAAUUCGACGACUUUAUUGAAGAAGACUACCCGGAGGACGAAGACGAACGCGCGCGCCAACUUGAAGAUGCCGAGGUUGCCCGACCUCGUGACAAGGGGGUGGGAGGUGUCGUCGAUACCGCUGGUCUUGAUAAAGACGCUUUGGAGGAUAUGGAGGCCAUCUUCGGAAACGGAGAAGACUAUGACUGGGCUCUUCAGAUGGAGGACGAAGAAGAAGAUCGUGAGCGCGAGGAGCAGGUCAUUGAGCUCAAAGAUGUCUUCGAGCCGUCGCAACUCAAGGAGAAGCUCUUGACCGACGAGGACAACCAGAUCCGGUUUACGGACGAGCCUGAAAGGUUCCAGCUGGAUCGGAAGCCCUUCAAGCAUUUGCAAAUCAGCGCUGAGCAAUUCAAGGAAGAGGCUCGGUGGAUUGCGGGCCUGAUGUGGCCCAAAAAGCUACUUCAAUCCGAGCUGCAUGGACCUUUCACUAAGGCCAUCGGCAAGGUUCUGGAGUUCUUCGUCGUCGAUGACGUAGAGGUCCCCUAUGUUUUCCAGCAUCGCAAGGACUAUCUGAUUCACGCGAAGAAGACGAAAAACCCAGACCACCGCGAUGAUCCUGACGCCCCUGAGUGGAUUGUCAGUGCAGACAAAUUGCUCACCCAGGACGAUCUGUGGCGCAUCCUAGAACUCGACAUCAAGUUCCGGUCACUCAUCGAGAAGCGGAAUGCUCUGGAGAAGACGCUCGAGAACCUCAAGUCGACUUCGAGCUUCAAGGACGCCGUGCUCGAGGACAUGAUUCCUCAGGCUGCAACAAUGGAGGAACUGCAAGACCUUCAAGACUACCUUCAUUUCCAGUACGCCUCCGAGCUCAAGGAUAUGUCCUCGAUCAACGGCAAUGGUAGUCAGAUGAAGCGCCCAGGCUCAAAAUCAAAUCUUUUCGACAGAGUCAGGCGGAGCAAGGCCUUCGGUUUCGUCCGCGCUUACGGUAUCACUCCGGAUCGGUUCGCCCAAAACACGCUUCGCGAAGGGAACAAGGUUUGGGCCGACGACGACAGCCAACUUCCAGACGAUCUUGCGGACUCUCUUACCGAUGAGGAGUUUCAAACUGGCGAUACAGUCAUGUACGCUGCUCGCCAAAUGUACGCAGAAGAACUCUUCGUCAACCCUCGUAUGCGCAAGCAUUUCAGGGUCAACUUUUAUCAAAUGGGCGAGAUCAGUUGUCGUCGGACAGAGAAGGGCUUGAAGAAGAUUGAUGAAUCGCACCCGUUCUAUGAGGUCAAAUAUCUCAUCAAUCAAACCAUUGCCGAUGUCGCUCGCCAGCCGGAUCUAUAUCUCAAGAUGAUGAAGGCUGAAGAGGAAGGCCUCAUUGAGGUCAAACUUACAUUGGAGAACGACGAUGGGUUCAAGCGUCAAUUGCGCCAGGAGUUCAUCUCAGACAACUACAGUGAGCUCGCUGAUCGAUGGAACGAGGAACGCCAAAAGGUCCUCGACCUUGUCGUCCCCCGUUUGUCCAAGAUUAUCGCCAAGGGUGUCAAGGAGUCGCUUCGCACUGCCUGCCAGGAGGAGGUCCUCAAAACCUGCCGUGAGGAAUACUCCAAGAGGCUCGACCAAGCACCGUACAAACCCAAGGGCAUGAUUCUGGGCACGGUGCCUCGCAUCAUCACUUUGUCCAACGGCAUGGCGGAUCCAGCUCGUGACCCCACAUGUUGGGCCUCGGUUGAGGAAGACGGCCGGGUCAUUGAGCAGGGCAAACUGGGCAAUCUGGCUCGUGACGAACGUGCUCGUGAAGAGUUUGUUGAGAUUGUCAAUAGACGCCGCCCUGAUGCCAUUGGUGUGAGCGGGUGGUCCGCCGAUACCCAGAAGCUCGUCAGAGACUUGGAGAGCUUGAUCAGCGAGAAGGGCCUGAUGGGGCCCGAGUUCGAUGACCCUGAGCUUGGCGAGUACCGCACCGAGCCGCUCGAAGUCAUUGUCGUGAAUGACGAAGUGGCUCGUCUAUACAAGGACAGUCCUCGAGCAGUCGCCGAGCACCCUACCCUCAGUUCCCUCACAAGAUACUGCAUUGCCUUGGCUCACUACAUGCAGAACCCGCUCAAGGAGUAUGCAGCCCUCGGAAAGGACGUCACUUCCCUGGCUUUCCAUCCCUGUCAAAACCUGCUGCCCCAAGAGAAGUUGCUCAAGCACCUUGAGUCGGCAAUGGUCGACAUGGUCAACCUCUGCGGUGUAAAUAUCAACGAGGCCGUGGGCGACUCCUAUACGGCUAACCUGCUACCGUAUGUCGCGGGUCUCGGUCCCCGAAAAGCCACGAGUGUUAUCAAAGCCAUCAAUGCAAACGGCGGAGCCGUCAGCAGCAGAGACGAGCUUGUCGGCGACCCCGACAGCGGAAAGCUUCCGGUGGUGGGCCCCAGAGUGUGGAACAACUGCGCCAGCUUUCUGUUCAUCGACUACGACGCAACGAAUCCCACCUCAGACCCUCUCGACAACACUCGUGUUCAUCCCGAGGAUUACGAGCUGGGCCGCAAGAUGGCAGCUGACGCUUUGGAACUUGACGAGGAAGAUGUUAAGGCGGAGACUGAUCACAACGGUCCAGGGGCUAUUGUCCGCAAGCUGUUCAAGGAAGACGAACAGGAGAAGGUUAACGAACUCAUCCUGGAGGAAUACGCAGAGCAACUCGAACGGAACUACAGCCAGAGGAAGCGUGCCACACUUGAAACCAUCCGCGCUGAGCUUCAGGCGCCAUACGAAGAGUUACGCCGCAACUUUGCACCUCUUGGACCUCACGAUAUCUUCACCAUGUUCACCGGUGAGACGAAGGAUACUCUUGCUCAAGGCAUGAUCAUCCCUGUCAACGUACGCGUAGUUAAAGACGAUUUCGCCAUCGUCAAACUGGACUGCGGCAUAGAGGGCCGCAUCGAGUCACACGAUGGUCCCGACGGCGUACGGGUCAGGGGUCUUUUGACAAAUGGGCAGACGGUGCAGGCCAAGGUUCUCGAGAUAAAUUACAAAGACUUUCUUGCCAAGCUCUCUGCGAGAGAUGCCGAGGUCAAACGACCGUAUAAGCGCCCGCUGUACCAUGGCCAUGGGCAGUGGGACGAGAGGCUGGAGGCGGCGGACAGGGAGGAGCUCCGCGAAAAGGACAAGAGUACUGGCCGCACCCAGCGAGUCAUCAAGCACCCUCUGUUCAAGCCUUUCAACGGUUUAGAGGCAGAGCAAUGGCUCGGCACCCAGGCCGCUGGUGAGGUUAUUAUUCGUCCCUCCUCAAAGGGUAAUGAUCAUCUAGCUAUCACCUGGAAGGUCGCCGAUGGUGUCUUUCAGCACGUCGAUGUCCUUGAGCUCCAAAAGGAGACCGAGUUCUCCGUCGGCAAGCUGCUCAGGGUCGGCGGCAAAUUCACUUACAAAGAUUUGGACGAAUUGAUCCAUGAGCACAUAGAGGCUAUGUCAAGGAAGGUGGACGAGAUGAUGCAGCAUAAAAAGUUUGAGAAGCGGUCCAAGACGGAUCUCGAGAAAUGGCUCACCACGUAUAUGGAGGCCAACCCCGACCGCUCCGACUACGCUUUCUGCAUCGACCCUAAGCACCCCGGCUACUUCUGGCUCUGCUUCAAGGCCAGUCGCUCAUCGCGUGUCAACUCGUGGCCGGUCCGUGUCAUUCCCGGCGGUUUCGAGCUGCUCAAGCAGGCUUACCCUGAUAUGAGAGCGCUGUGCAACGGCUUUAAGAUUCGGUACCAGACGGAAAUCACUAAGAUGCAGAAGGGCGGUAGAUAG